CCACCACAUUGAACCUUGAAGUUAAGGUUCAAUGGGACCACUACCGUGCCGCUCGGUAGUGCUGUAAAUCGGGAGUUCACGCAAGAGCCUACUGUUACUUUCAUGUGCAAUGACAACAUGCACAUCAUUUGUGUGCAUGACAAUGUUCGCAAAGCCUUCUAUGUGCCAGUAUACUGCAGAUCUGGGGCAGAGACUAGCCAUCAAGCUAUUUCAGAUGCACUGCAAGACGGAGGUCUCGUCGGAGAUGAAGCUGUCAUUUUUCGGGCCGGGCUAGCAGCCUCAAGAUGCUUUCAAAGCUCCGUGCGGUUGGUGGUUUACGACUUGGUACCCUCGUUUCGAGCGCUGAGCGUUCUACUGCGAAACGUUCGAUGGCCCCGUGAUGCAGAAUUUUCAUUACAUAGAAUCUAACAGGCGCCGAAGGAACGCCGCCGGCCAUAAUGUCGGUGCUGUGAGAACGUGGGAUUCGUGCUGUGUUAAGCGGGUGGCAGAUGGAGUCUGCACGGGCUAAGCGGAUCAGCAUGCACGUGGUGAUAUGAGCCGCUG